AUGAAGCUUCCGCACCAUCCUUCAACAACAAUUUUCUCCUUCAUCUUCAUCUUCCUCUUACCCUCCUCAAUCUCAUCCCAAACCUGCCAAAGAUCCUGUGGCAAACUCCCCCUCAAAUUCCCAUUUGGCAGUGACCUUGGCUGCGGCGACCCGCGCUUCCACCAGCACGUGUCAUGCAGCCAAGGCAACCUCAUGCUCACAAUGCACACAGGCUCCUACCCUGUCACCAACAUAGACUACAUCAACAAAGUCAUGUACAUCUCAGACCCCUCCAUGUCAACAUGUUCCUGCACCCAACCAAGCAAAGGCUUUGGCCUGGAUUGGGACUCGCCCUUCUCUUUCCAAGAUGACAACAUCUUCGCCUUACUUGACUGCUCAACUUCUUCCUCUCCAAUAUUCCAAUCAAGCACCCUAUACACUGAUAAAAACAACAACUCCAAAGUGUCCCUAUGUGACAACCAAGGCACCUCAAUUUGCAGCUUCUUAUAUUCUUGCAGGGCCAUAAGCACAAUCAACCUCCCAAUCUCCACAUGUUGUGUUUACACGCCUGUUGAUCUCGGGCCGGCUUUCGAGAUGGACUUGCAGAAACUGCAUUGCAGUUCUUAUUCUGGGUUUUACAGCUUCAACGAGCGCCAGUCUGACCCUAACAGUUGGAAGUAUGGGAUUGCGCUCAAAUAUAAAUUCAGUGUGAAUAAUGAGUAUCCAAGUUCAUGUGCUAAUUGUGAAAUGAGCAAUGGGAUUUGUGGCUACUUUUCCGGCGGGGCUUACAAUUCUUUUUUAUGUAAUUGUCCAAAUGGGAUAAACACCACCAAUGAUUGUUACUUUGGAGCCAAUUAUAAUUAUGGUUCGAGGCUCUCAUCCUGGCAGAUUGGUACGUACUUGGCUAUUCUAUUGCUUGGCUUGCCUGUUGAUUUCAGUCUGGGCAAGUGUGUGGAAGUAAAUGAAGUAUUUUCCUUUCAUGAGAAUCAAGCAGAAGAGGAUAACAUGAUGGUGUAG